CAGAUGUCAAUAAAUUCUGUUGCCUAAGCGGCGAGGUCUACAAUUUCUUCUGACCUAGGAUUUGGAGUCAAUUCGUUUCUCAUGGAUCCCGAAUAUAGAAACAUUUGGGGGUGGUUGACGACGAGGGAUGGAAGAUAAAUAGCUGGACUACAGCCAAGAUAACAAGUACUAAGAAAGCACAGCAAGCCCGUGCUCAGAAUAAGAUGACAUGAAGCAGAACUGAGAUGAAUUCCUCCUCUGCCUUUGCCAGAUAUUGAGGUCAGUGUUCCCACACAGGCAGUCAAGCGCCGCACUAGACUGGGAAACAGAUACAACUAGCUAGAAAGCGGUGCCCUGGUAACACGGCGACAUUUCCUGUAUGCGAAAAUUAAGCUGAAUGUGCUUUUGUCCAGAUCUGGCGGCGCUGAGGGCUAGUCGGAGGACGAGUAUCAACUGUGACAGACUCGAUCACCAACUCGUCACUGAUAAUUUCACGGGAGUGCGCUUCAUACGUUGCUAUUUUUGAGUUUGCCAAAUAUAUUUCACAAGGACAGCACUCAGCUCUGUAGAUAAGGAAGGCGAUGGUAUUGGAUGCUGGAUUCUCAGGAUGGUGCUGAACUUACAUAGCCCUCACUGUAAAAGUCACGUUCGACUCGCAUUUCGGCCGCCACUUCGAUUAUCAGAACACUUUCGAGCUCCGCAAAGCUCUCUGCUAGCUCAGCUUCACGAAAUCUUAAAAGGCGCCGAGCAUUUUGCGUUUACACCGCUGGUGACAGGAUCAUUUCAGUCCUCCCGAAAGAUGUAGGAGACGCUGGAAUGGGAAACGCUAUAAUGUCCGUGGUUUCUUUUUUCCCGUCUAAAUCGUGCCAGCACUACCUUUUGGGAGAUGAUAUCGAGGAACUACCACCGGACAAAAUGAUGGAUUUGAGCGGGAAACAUCUGAGGAAGUUUCCGCUGCAGGUCUGUGCUUUCACUGAACUUAUUAAACUGUACCUGAGUAACAACAAUCUGAGUAGUCUUCCUCCCGAACUUCACCUGCUGAACUGCCUGCAGAUCUUGGCUCUGGACUUCAAUCGUUUCAAAGAACUGCCCCAGGUGGUAUGCCGUCUCCGCCAGCUCUCCUCCCUGUACCUGGGCAAUAACUACCUGAGCGACCUGCCGGCCGAACUGAGCUCGCUGGCGGAACUGAAAACGCUGUGGAUCGAGGGGAACUGUUUCGAGGAGGUCCCCAGGGUGGUGUCGCAGCUGAAGCAUCUGAGAAUCUUGCACGCAGGGUGUAACCAGCUAAAAGAACUGCCCAUGGAUCUCUGGCGCCUCCGGGAACUUCAGAACAUCUGGAUUUCGAGCAACUUGUUCUCUGAGUUCCCUAAAGUCCUACUGGAGAUCGAUAGCCUGGAGAUCAUCGACGUGGACCGAAACUCGAUCAAGUUCUUCCCCAGUCUGGUCCACAUGAAAAACCUGAAGCUGGUGAUAUACGAUCGCAAUCCGUGUAAGAGUGGCCCCAGGGUGGGCGAGGACGUCCGGAGGGUGGGAAAGUGGGCCGACUAUCGCCCUGAAGUCACCGAGGAAUUAUCACCGGAGAACGAGCCAGAGCAAAUGGAAGAAAGCGAGGACGUUGAAACGACAGGGAAAAGUGAACUUAAUAAGGAUUCUGACUCGGUGCGAGAGUAAAAACAACGGGAACCAAAGUGGCGCCAACGAAAGGCAAUUUGCAGGCUUCAUAUACUGUUUAAUUAUGCAAUACGUGUAGAAAUUGUAAAUACAUCUAUGCUCCUCUGGAUAGCUGUUUACAGCGCAAAACCUGUUUCCACAACAAGGGCUGAGACGAUUAUAAGGGGAGAGGCUAGAUGAAAGGAAUAAGAAAUGUUAAUGUAGGAAGAGAUAUCUUGGCUCGCGUGGAGCAAUAGGUGCCGUCCCGGGCCCCCGGUCUCAUUAUUCCGUCUUUGUCAGCAUUAAUUCUUGCUAGCGACAUCGUCCAAAGGGACUGCAUGAAAAUAGUAAUUAUUCUUCUUUUAUAUAACAAGUGUAAUAUGUAACAGUACGUAGUUAAUCAUCUGCUUCAGCGGAUGGGGCUUGAAGACUGCUAUCGGGAACAGGAUGUACUUUGAUGAAAAGCACAAAACCUAUUCUGAACGAUUCACCCUGCAUUUCAGACCCACAAAGGGGGAAAAAACUUUCAUAAAUCAGACUUUAAAAUAAUCAACUAGUUAUUUUUUUCGGUAGCAGUAACUGGAAGUCAGAUAAAAUCCCGCUAAACUCCUAUUCCAACGAGAAUUAGGCUGCUCCCGUGGCAAUGGCUUGAAAUAAAACGGUUUCCACAGGAAAUGAGACCUCGGAGUGUAAAGGCCAGCUUUGAAUCUGAUCCCUCUCUGCAUACAAAUAAUAAGCAAUCUUCCUGGUGUUCAACGUGGAAAUGCGUUUCACUCCACAAAUUAUAAAUUACUUGCGAGCAAGCUUAGAACUUCAUUUUUGUUUCAAACGAGGCAGUGUUUUGGGAAAAUUUACUUCCUCUCCACCGCACCAGCCAAUUCAGAUUUGCUUUGCCAGAGAAUAAUGGCAAAUUACCAGAGGAGCUCAGCAGGUCAGGCAGCAUCUGAGGAGGAAAAUGGACAGACAGCAUUUUGGGUCUCCCGGUAAAGUCAACUGAUCAUUUCCCGAUACAGAUGUUGCCCAAUACUGCAGUCACUUGUGCCCUGAUUUUUGCUUCCAAUUUAAAAAGGUGGCGGCAGACAGCUGCAUCUGCCUGUAUUACUUGGGUGUUGGGAAUUUAAAUUUUGAGAGGGGAUUACGGGGAAGGAGUUGUUAUCUCUCGUGAAUGCUUCAACUGAUACCCAAUCUGAAUUUAAGUUUCUUAGUAGUACAGUAGUUCAAAAUACAAACUCAGAACAAAGCCUGUGCACUACUUCGACGUGUCUUUGCUUUUCCUAAGGUGGCCCGCACCGAACCCCUCCCCACCAAAGUACAUAAAAGAAUCUUUUCAAAAGGGAUCAUUCCUUUCUCUCUAGUGCCUUCCUACGCUAAUGGGAUCGGUAAAAAGACGGUGAAACCGCUGUUGGGAACCUGAUGAAUAUUGGGCAUCGGCGCGAUGUGAGCGUUGAUAUCGAGUCGGCCGGGGCUGCACUGAAAUGUGGGACUGAAAGUGGCCUGCAGAGUGACACAGUGAGUGGCGGUGGGGAGGGGGUCAUCUCUGGUGAGGAGUUUGACAAAUGACCCUAAGAUCUCCUCAUUACUGCCUGUUGGAUGUGAUGGCAGCUGCUGGCCUCGCCGUUCAUUCUUUACUGGCGCAACUCUCCCAAAGCCCGGAGAUUCCACUACGGCAGCCAAAGGGAGAUCUCUCGGCUGGGCUGAGCUUUACAACCCAGCAGAGAGAGAAAGAGGGCGACACAUCCAAGAGGAGGCAGUGAGGGUAGGACUAUAAUCAGCAGGUGCUUGAGCUUCCUAUUAUGAAGCCCCACUGAGCUCUGGGGUGACGGCCGAGAAGCAGAGGUAGGGGUUCGCGCGCAGCUGGAGCGGGCGUUUUUUUAAAAAUGGGCGGGAGGGGUUGGGUACGACCCUGAGCUACAAAAAUCGUCGCUCUUCUAUAGCUCCAUGCUAAGUACCAGGCCACUUCGCAGUUCUCUUGCGCCCUAAUUCUCCGCGCAUUCACGUCAGGACAGAAUUUGAGGCACUUCAUAGUAUUAGAACCGCAAUUUUCGUCUCUUUCAGCAGGUGCUAGUGUACCUAUACUACCAUUAGUGUUCAAAGUUCAUAACGUAGUCAUACUUCAUUUAAAAAUAAUUUAAAAGUAAAUUUUAUUAUCAAAGUACAUACAUGUCACCUUAUACAAUCCUGAGAUUCACGUUGCUGCGGACAUACUGCGCAAAUCCAUAGAAUAGCAACUGUAACAGGAUACAUGAAAGAUCAACCAGAGUGCAGAAGACAACAAACUGUGUAAAUGCCAAUAUAAAUAAAUAACGACAACAUGAGAUAACAAAAUAAUGAGUCCUUAAAGUGAGAUCAAUGAAUAGGCAAAUAAAUCAGAAUCAAGUUUAAUAUCACCGGCAUAUGCCGUGAAAUUUGUUAACAGCGGCAGCACACAAUGCAACACAUAAUACAGAAAAAAUAAAUCAAUUACAUUAUAUAUGUAUGUAUAUUAGUUAAAUUAAAAAUAGUACAAAAAACAGAAAUAAUAAAAAAGUGAGGCCAUGUUCACUGCUUCAAUGUCCGUUUAGGAAUCGGAUGGCAGAGGGGAAGAAGCUGUUCCUAAAUCGCUGUGUGUGCCUUCAGGUUUCUGUACCUCCUUCCUGAUGGUAGCAACGAGAAGAGAGCAUGUCCUGGGUGAUGAGGGUCAUUAAUAAUGGAGGAAGCCUUUCUGAGACAUCGCUCCUUGAAGAUAUUUUGGCUUCUACGGAGGCCAAUACUCAAGAUGAAGCUGACUAAUUUUACAAUUUUCUGUAGCUUCUUUCGACAUUUGUUUAAGAACUUGAUAGUUGUGGAGUAGUAACUGUUGUUGAACCUGGUGGUGCGAGUUUGCUGAUCAGUACAAAUUCAUGCCUAAACUGAAUUAGUUUUUAAGUGUCCGUAUAGGCCAAACACUACACGUAUUCAGUCGUGUGUGAACCAAAUCCUUCCCAUAUCUGAAGCCAAAUGAAUUGCAAAGUUAUCUACAGUACAGAAAGAAGUAAUUAAACAUAUCCUUCUGGCAGUGAUAUGUUUAAAAGUUUUUCGCAACAUCAGCACCAAAGAUUUGAGCUGCAGAGCAGAUCUAAUUUUAGCUCAUCUGGCCUUGAUUAUUUUUCAGAUAAUAUUAUUACUGCAAAAUAUUUUCAGUGUGCACUGGCUAAAACAGAAUAAAAUUUAUUUUAUGAUCCCUAUCAAUGUACUUAGAAACAUGCUUCUACUUCUUAAGGUAAUGAUUCAUAACCUUAAACACGGUGGGUAAUCUGCAUGUUUGAUUCAGUUGAAUGAUUUUUGCAAUCAAAAUAGUUUGUUAAAAAUAAUGCUUACCUGAUAACCAUUAGCAAAUUGUGUUGACCUGCUGUUGUUCAUUGCAAUCAAUAUGGCGGUUUACAUCACAUAAACAGCCACAAACCCCAACUCCCACCAGGACCACUGAUGAUCCAUUUUCUUUUAACAUCCCUUCGUUGUAUGAAUCGAGACUUCAUUAAUUUAACAAAAAAUAUUUGAAACAGGACAUCCUUCUUAAACGAACAGUGCUUGUAACGCCCUCGAAAACCUCAAUUGGAUUGGAGGCAAGUGGACACAUAACUAAGGUUUACAGGUCAGACAUCACUGCAGCAUAUGUGACCAUCGUUAACGGGUUACAACAUAAAGCUGCUUUUAUUGACUGAAACGGCCAAUAACUACACGGGGUGUUUUUCAAAUGCUCUUCAGCGACUCAUCUAAGUCACCCAUAAAACUAACAUCCUCUCUCUGCUCAACCAACAAGAGAAAGACCUCGGGGAGGGGGAGGGGCGUCAAUUACUUUGCAGAAGCAUUCCCAAACACUUAAGGAUUCGUAAAUUGCCCCCAACUUCCAUUUGGUCAUCAUAUGACCACAAAAAUGCAGUUAGUUACCUAAUAAUAGCAUUUCCAUUUUUCUUUACAUAUAAUGUGCGGCUUAAUGUUAAAAGGACCUUACAAUUUUCAUUAACCUUGUCCUUCAAGGCUGCUAAAUCCUCACGGUUUCAAUAAAGUAGGAUACUGUUGGGUGGCGAAAAUAUUAAGGAUACCAUCAUCUCACCUUUUGAAACUUCAUGGGCCUGGCCAUGCAUGUACUAUAUUUAAACACAAAAUACUCUGCAGAUGCUGGGGUCAAAGCAACACUCACAACACGCUGGAGGAACUCAGCAGGUCGGGCAGCAUCCGUGGAAACGAUGAGUCAACGUUUCGGGCCAGAACCCUUCGUCAGGACUGAAGAAGGAGGGGGCAGAAGCCCUAUAAAGAAGGUGGAGGGAGGGUUGGAAGGAGAAGGCUGGUAGGUUCCAGGUGAAAAACCAGUAAGGGGAAAGAUAAAGGGGUGGGGAAGAGGAAGCAGGAAAGAUGAAGAAGGAAUAGGGGAAAACACAACGGCUAGUAGGAGGCGGAACCAUGAGGGAGGUGAUAGGCAGCUGGGGGAGGGGUCUAUAUUUGUUCGCAUACAUUGUGUAAUUCUUCAUAUUGAUGUUAGGCAAUCGAUCACUUUUCAUCUAUUUCUUCAACAGCAUCUUUUUGAUGAAUCCGUUGUCAUGAUGCAUUGGAAUCAAACUCAUUUGAAGUGUAAACAUCAAACUCAAAUUACAUCACUAAUCCCAAUAGAGCUAAGAUAUAAUAAAGGGAAUAUAUGGCAGAUAAACCUUGCAGCCAUCCAAAAACAAGUUUAAAUGAAGAUAAAAACAAGGUCACCUAGAUCUGGGUUGCCAUGUUUAGUUUUUAGGAAUGCCAGCAACAUUACUCACAUUUCCUUAUUUAGAAACUAUGCUCAUUAUCAUACAAACCUGACAAGAAUGCAAAACUAGCCCUUCACACUGGGCAUAUAACAUUUUGUUCUUAUAAUUGUUUCUAUUUUCCCCCCAAAGUUUUUGGAAAUUCAAACAGAAAUCCUUUUACAUUAAUAACUAAAACUGUAAUUCAUAUGAACUGACAAGUUCAAGCAAGCCAAAAUUUUUAUGUUACCCCAUUUUUGCAAAAACGUUAGAUGGCAGAAUUGCAGAGGAAAAUUACUCGUGUUCUACCGUGUAGAUAGGAACACAAAUUCCUAUUGUACUUGAUUACAAUAAGCCAUUAAAGUACUUCGCUCUUAACCAAAAUUCUUGGCAGGCUGCAGGAUAAAUAGCUUUGAAUUAAGCCCACGAAUUGUUGCAGAUCAGUUAUAGCAUGAGAAAAUUUAUAAUACGACAUUGCCAACAUAGAAAAUGAUUUCACCUCUAACCGCAAUCAUAAUCGUUUAUUUGUACUUCCUUAAACUGCAAAAGUUGCUGCACAGUUUCCAUUCAAUUGCAUGUUGAACUUGUUAGCCUAGGCUUUCUUUCAGGUUCUGACUGGAUAAAUUAUCUCCAAUUCCAGGGAGUUAAUCAACACAAAUCCCAGGUUACCAUUCAAUACAAACAAUUUAACUGAUAAUAGCACUGCAGAAAGUUGGGACUAACAGGACCACUACAAAUAGAUAUACAUGUUAGGACAAGUUAAAACAAUAUUUUUUAAUGUUUGUAAUUUGGUUUUGAAUUACUUUGAAGCAAUUAUUUUAAAAAAAGCAAAUCAGAGGAAAAAAAGUUUAUACGUUGGCAGUCCUUGGAUUCUGUUUUAUAUUUGAAUUUCACCUCUGUACUGGAUGUAAAGAGCAAACCAACAAACAGAAUUCUGAAGUGUUCAAUCCAUCAAAUAGUAAAUUGCUGAAGAUAUCACUUCACUUAGGUCAAAUAUUUUCACUUAACUGGAAGAACUUGGAUGAUAAGCAAAUCAGUUAAGGGAAGCAUUUGCAAAACAAGCAAGCUGAAACAACACAGCAGGCUCAAAAGCACAAGCAUUUGAGAUAAACUAAGUGGCCACUUUAUUAGGUACCUCCUGUACCUGAUAGCGACCACUUAUGUAGUCCACCCACUGCAAGGUUUGAUGUAUUGUGCAUUCAGAGAUGCUCUUCUGCACACUACUGUUGUAACACGUGGUUAAUUAUUCACCUUCCUGUCUGCUUAACCAGUCUGGCCAUUCUCCUCAGACCCCUCUCAUUAACAGGGCGUUUUCAUCCAGAGAAGUGCUGCUUUUGUUAUAUUCUCUGUAAACUCUAGAAAAACCCCAGGUGAUCAGCAGUUUCUCAGAUACUCAACAGCCCAUCUGGCACCAACAAUCCUUCCACAUUCAAAGUUACUUAGAUCACAUUUCUUCUCUAUUCUGAUGUUUGAUGUGAACAACUGAAACUCUUGGCCAUGUCUGCAUGCUUUUAUGCAGUUGCUGCCACAUGAUUGGCUGAUUAGAUAUUUGCAUUAAUGAGAUCUACAGACAUGACUAAUAAAGUUGGCACUGAGAGGCUUUCAGUGGUCCAAAUGCACUGGUUUACAAGCUAUUUCCUGGGGGUUGGUGUUGGUCUAUCAUUUUCACAUUAUAUAUUAAUGAUUUGGAUGACAGAAUUGAUGGCUCUGUGGCCAAAUUUGCAAAUGAUACAAUAAGUCGAGGAGUAGGAAGUCUGCGAGAGGACUUAAGACAAACUGAGAAAACAGGCAGACAUAGCAGAUGGAAUACAGCGUAAGAAAGUGUAUGGGCAUGCACUUAUACAGGAAUAAAGGAGUAGGCUGUUUUCUAAACUGGACAAAAUUCAGGCUGGCUAAGGUAAAUGCAAUGUUAGCAUUCAAGAGGAUUAAGAUAUAAAAGUAAAGAUAUAAUACUUAAGUAUUAUAAGGCAUUGGUCAGAACUUGUUUGGAGAAUUGAGAGUAGUUUUGAGCCCCAUUAAGGAUGGAUGAGCUGGCAUUGGACAGUAUCCAGAGGUUUGUGAGAAUGAUCCCAGGGAUGAAAGGAAGGUUUAUGAAGAACUUUUCAUGGCUGUGGACACACACUCAUUGAUGAUUAGAAGGAUGGGGUUGGAAAUCUUGUUGAUAGGCCUAGAGUGGACUUGAAGAGGGCAUUUCCAGCAGCGUGAGAGUCUAGGACCAGAGGACACAGUCUCAGAAUAAAAGGACAUCUCUUUAAAGAUUAGCUUUAUUUGUCAAACGUACAUCAAAACAUAUAGUGAAAUGUGUUGUUUGUGUCAAUGUCUGACACUGUCUGAUGAUGUGCUGGGGGUAACCUGCAAGUGUCACCAGCCUUCUGCACCAACAUAGCAGGCCAUAGCUUACUAACCCUAUCCCUCACAUCUUUGGAACGUGAGGGAAAAUGAGAGCAACUGUUUGAAACCCACCCAGGCACAGGGAGAACAUACAAACUCCUAAUACAGAGUGGUGAGAAUUGAACCCCAAUAUCACUAGCGCUGUGAAGCAGAAUGCUAACAGCUAUGCUACUUGUGCUGCCCUGGACAGGAUAGCCCAGAACAGAGAUGAAGAGGGAUUCCUUUCGUCAGAAGGUGGUGGAUUUGUGGAAUUGAUAAGAUUUUGAUUAGUAGGUGUCAAAGGUUAUGGAGAGAAGGCAGGAGAAUGGGAUUUAGAGGGAAUAAUAAAUCAGUUCUGAUCAAAUGGCAGAGCAGACUCGAUGGGCCAAAUGUCCUAAUUCUGCUCAUAUGUCUUAUGGACUUGUGAAGACUGGUGAAUACCCUGAAACAUCAAUCUAAUAGAAUUUCCAUAAUACUAAAACACCAGAACAAUUAAUUUUUUCUCAGAUCCUUUUUUUUGAAAUAUUAUUCACAGUAUCAGAGAACUUUGAUAUUGAGUUACUCUAGGAAUCCACCUGAAUGAAUUCUUACAAUAGCUGUAGUCUCAUUCAAAUGUAAACCCAUUUAUAAAUCCACACUCUAGUAUUUAUGCUACUAUUACUAUUUAACUUUCAGACACAGCUUCCCACAAUCAUACCAUCUUAACAUACACCCAAAAGCAAAAGCCCUAGUCAACCUAAAAAUUUUUUAUGGAGUUUAAAAGUUAAGGAAUGGACAAUGGACACCCUGGACAAUUUGCACCAGACAACUAAACUGUACUGGUCAUUUUCUCAAAAUUCUUGAAAAAAUAUUAGCCCAUUUCAAAUUAACCUGUUGCCUUUUCCUCAGACAUCUUGGUUUUAUUAUUCCCUCUGCAAUCACACCCAAAUUUAUGCUUUCUAGUUACAGAGUUGAUUGAUAUUUAGCUGCACAAAAUUCACUACUGAGUUCUGAUUUUAAGUAUAAAAAACUGACAAUUUCCCAAACCGUUGCAAUGAUCUCUCGUUUGUCAUAUUAUGUUAGCAAACAUUUUCAUUGUUCUAGUAGCCAUUAUCCAAAAAGCUGUCUAGGACUACAAGGGACAAUACAAAUAAAGACUAUACAAAUUUGACAAAAAUUCCUUUA